AGAGAGGAGAAUGAUAGAAAGAGCUCUUCUUUAGAUCUGCUCUCUUUCAUGGCUUCUUUAUUUCUGAGUUCUAGACUCCGUCUCCGACUCAGUUCCAUUAGCGCUGAACCAACUCGCUUCUGAUUAGCUGAACUCUACGUGUAGACCGGUAUGACUGGCUCUGUUUCCCCGCGUGGACUUGCAUUCUGAUUGGAUUUUCGGCAUCGGAUCGAGUGAUCGAUUGAAUGACGGAUUUUCUGCGGGAUUCUCCGGACCUCGACUGAGAGUCCCCGAAUUGCGGCGGGUUUCGCGGCGGAGAUGUUUAAGUCGGCGAGAUGGAGGAGCGACAAGAACAGGACCAAAGCCGUGUUCAAGUUGCAGUUACAUGCAACUCAAGUUACACAAUUGAAUGUGCAAGCAUUGAUGAUAUCAGUGGUCCUUGGCGAUGGAGGCAAACUGCGAACCAAAUUAGGAAAGGCGACGGUCCUAGAUGGUAAUUGUCAGUGGGAAAAUCCGGUCUACGAGACCGUUAAAUUUUCUCGGGAUCUAAACACAGGAAAGAUCAAUGAAAUAAUCUACCAUUUUAUUUUAUCAACAGGAUUGGGAAAAGGUGGUUUGGUUGGGGAAGCUUCAAUUGAUUUUGCUGCUUAUUCUGAAGCAAUUAAAACUUGCACCGUUUCUCUUCCGUUAAAGAAUUCCAACUCUAAAGCAAUUUUGCAUGUCUCAAUACAGAUGCUGCAGGAAAAUAUUGAUCAGAGAAAGGUGGAAGAAAUUGAAGAUGCAAGUACUAAAACGCGAGACGGUAGCUUGAAGGAUGAUGAAAGUAUUAAGAGCGAUACCAUUGAAGAUGUGCCUUCAAGCAAAGCCACCAACAAUGUUGAAUUGCAUGGGAACCGCAGAGGAUCGAGAGAAUCUGAUAUUACCGUUUCAAGUUCUGGUAGCAUCUUUGGACUCGACAUUCCAAGAGAACUUGGAAUGAGAAACGACAUCAAUCAGGACCCUCCGUAUUUGUCAUCUAUGAAUAACACCUCAUUUACUCCUAAACCAACAUCAAUUGCCUCAACAGCAACCUACGAGGAGUCGUCAGCAGGUUCUGAUCUUGGAACGAGUACUGAUGACUCUAACAGUUCACAGGACACUUUUCCACGAGAAAACUCCCAACAUGGUUCAUAUAAUGAGAUUGAAAGGCUCAAGAACGAGCUCAAGGCUUUGACCAGACAAGUGGAUGUUUCAGAUAUGGAAUUGCAAGCUCUUAGAAAACGAAUAGUAAAGGAGAGCAAAAGGGGACCGGAUCUCUCAUGGGAAGUUGUUACUUUGAAAAGAGAGAGAGAUGCACUCAAAUUAGAGUGUGAGAAGCUGAAGGCCUUUGAGAAGCAAAUAGAUGAUGCAAAAGUAAAAAGCAGGUUGGAGUUUGAGAGUGGAGACCCAUGGGUUCUUAUUGAAGAAAUCAGACAAGAACUGAAUUACGAGAAGGCCUUGAAUUCAAAUCUUCAGUUACAACUGCUGAAGCCACAGGAAUCAAAUGCUGAGUUGAUGUUUGUCGUACGAGACCUAGAAGAAACAUUGGAUGCGAAGAAGACGGAGGUACCCCAUCCUCCCAAGAAAUCAGGAUCCAAUGGUAGUGCUGAGGAAAUGGGAGUAACCAUAUCAGGAUGUCACUCAGAUGAGGAUGAUGGGCAGAGGGAAUUGGAACAACUUGUUAAAGCGCACAAAGAUGACAAGGAAACCUCUUUCCUUGUACAAAAGAUCAUGGAGUUCUACAAAGAGAUAGAGACCUACAAGAGAGAUAAAGAUGAGCUUGAAGCACAAAUGGAGCAGCUAGCACUUGAAUAUGAGAUACUGAAGCAGGAAAAUCACGACAUGUCCUACAAAUUAGAGCAAAGCCAACUGCAAGAUCAACUGAAUAUGCAGUAUGAGUGCCCAUCUUCCUUUGCUAACAUAAAUGAACUUCAGACCCAAAUUGAGUGCUUGGAAUGUGAACUCAACAAGCAAUCUAAAGCAUUCUCUCAGUCCUUAAUUACCAUAAACAAAUUAGAAACCCGCAUCAAAAGCUUGGAGGAAGAGUUGGAGAAACAGACACAAGUAUUCAAAAUGGAUCUAGAAUCUAUCAUACAAGCCAAAGUUGAUCAGGAGCAAAGAGCUAUCCUAGCUCAGGAAGCCUUACGAAUGACAAGAUGGAAGAAUGCUAAUGCAGCUGAAAGUCUGCAGGAGGAAUUUAAAAGUCUCUAUAUGAAGAUGGCCUUUACACUUGAUGCAAAUGAGAAGUCGGUUACAAAAGCUCUAACAGAAGCUAGUGAACUAUGCUUGCAGAAAAAUGAGCUAGAAGAAUUGCUCAAGAAAGCUAAAGAAGAGCUCCAAUCAGUUACGGAAAACUAUGAGACAAAACUCUGUAACCUUUCCAAUCAAGUAAAUUUAAAAUCAAACCAGAUAGAACAGAUGUUGGAGGAAAUUGAUGACAAAUCUAAGCAGCUUGAACAUCAAAAGAAGCAUGAGGAAGAAGUUAGUGGGGCUUUUUCCCAGGUGAUCCGCAACCUAAAAGUUGAGAUCGACAAGCUGACUAUGGGAAAAAAAUGCCUCCAUGAACAAGCUCAAUUGGUAGAAGAGUUGGGACUGGAGUUGGAAGACGCUAAAGCAUUUGCUGGAGAAGUUGAAGUGCUAAAUCAAAGAGGAAAUUUAGAAAGAAAUGAGUUGGUGUGUACAAUUGCUUUGAUGAAAAAGGAAUCAACUGAGUCACUGGAGGAAUUUCAAAGAAUGGAGCAUUUGAAGGAUGAAAAAGAAGUUGCAACCAAAUCCCUGCAAUCAGAGCUGAACACCCUCAAAACUCAAUGCACCAAAUUGAGAAAGUCUAUGUUUGAGGAUGAAGUAGAGAAACAAAAACUCAGAAAGCAAGUAAUUAAAUUGAAGGAUGACUUUAAGAAGGAAUAUGACAUUACUAGCAUGGAAAAGACGGUGAGAGAGAGCUAUGAAAGAGCAGCAGUUUCUGACGGAACAAAAACUCCAUUAGAAAAUGAAAAAUCGCCCUUGGUAUCUUGCAGUCCUACAGAAGUGGCAAGCCUAGGGGAGAAACUAAUGUUACUUGAGGGACAAAUAAAGUCAAAGGAAAUUGCUUUAGAAACAUCAGAAAAUGUCUUUCUGGAAAUGGAGAAGAAUCUUCAUAAGGAAAUUGACGAGUUAGAAAGCAGAGUAGAAGAACUCGAUGUGCACAGCACCAGUUUCUGCAAAUACCAACUUCAGAAGGUCAGAAACAUUAAAGGAAAAUCUGCAAUAUUAAUGAACAAAUAUUUAAAAGGAUCCUCACAUAAGAGGUUUCAAGUUUCAACAUUUUUAUGGCAUCAAGAAUUAAUGGUCUUGACCCUAACUAUUGUCUGA